AUGAGUUAAAUGAAUAAAGGAACAGUAGCAAAUGCUUAAGUCCCACGUACUGGUGGUGGUUUUAUAGCUUCAAAAUAAGAAGAAGAGAAUAAGAAGAAUAUUGAAAAUAAAUAAAAAUAAGAGAAUAAUGACGAUAAUGAUGAUGAUUAUGAAGACGAAGAAGAAGAAUAAGAUAAAGUUGGAGAUAAAAUGGAAAUUGAAAAUAAUAGAUCAAAAAGAUAUUCUUAAAGGUAAAAGAAGAAGCAAUCAUAGAAAAGAUCUCUAGAUAUUAUUUUUGACAAAGCAACAAAAUAAAAGGAAAAAUAAUUAAUAGAUAAGCAUUAUUAUUAAGAUGGAGACCCUACUAUGUAUACAAAAGAAAACCUUCAAUAAAGAAAUGCAUUGAAAGAAGAUCCAGACGUCAAAAAUGCUAUCUAAAAAUUUAUGAAUAUCUAUACAUGGGAUUCUAAUGGUAAGCUAAAUUUAGAGAGCUAUUUAUUUGUUCAUACUGGAUUAGCAGAAAUUCUAAGAGAUGACUUAUAAGAAGAGAUGAAAGCAGAUGAACUUAAAUUUAUUUUAUAGUAAGAUUGGUAACAUGAUAGCAGAGGAAAAGAAUAUAUGACUAAGGAUGAUUUAUAUGAUUCUUUAUUUGAGUUAGUAGAUAUAUGGGUACCAGAUAUAGAUAAAGACGAGUAUGUAGCAUUUUUCGAGUACAUCAAUAAUACUUUAUCUAGAAAAGGUUACAAGAAUCCAUAUAGCAUUAUGUGA